AUGGAAGAGCAGCGAAAAGAUGCGCGGACCUCUCCUCGGGUCAGCAUGAGUGACAUCGAACCUGGCUCAACGAAGAACAUCGCUCACGAUGAUAUCGAUCUGGUCCGACUCACUGGCCACAAGCCCGUCCUUGAACGAAACUACAGUCGUUUCGCCCUGUUAGCCAUGUCCUUCAUGAUUGUCGAUUCAUGGUGUGGAAUCAUUGGGUCGCUUGCCACAGGGAUCAACAGUGGUGGUACUGUCAUGCUAAUCUAUGGCUCGAUCGGGGUGACCGUAUUCACCAUGGCAGUGGCGCUCUCUCUGGCCGAACUGAGCAGUUCAUAUCCAACCUCAGGAGGACAAUACCAUUGGACUGCUGAGCUUGCGCCUAAGAAGUGGGCUCCGAUUCUCAGCUGGUACUGUGGCUACUUCAACUCGAUCGGAUGGUGUGUCGUCUCUGCUUCCAUCACCGUCAUGCUGGGCCAGUUCCUUAUGGCGAUGAUCAUCCUGGCCAACCCUGGUGUCACAUACCAUCGAUGGCAGGGUUUCAUCAUCUACGAAGGUUUCAGUCUCCUCUUCAUGCUCCUCAAUAUCUAUGGACGGAAAGUCCUACCCAUUGUACAUCGUGUCGGCUUCUACGUCUGCUUGGUAGCCUUCUUACUGGUCAACAUGACCAUGAUUGGAUCGGCCUUUCCCAAGAACUCGACCGACUUUGUCUUCAAGACCUUCACCAACGGCACCGGCUGGAAGUCCGGUGGGAUUGCGUUCAUUGUCGGCCUGACAAAUCCUGCCUUUGCAUACGGCGGGCUGGAUGGUGCCGUGCACGUUGCUGAGGAACUACAAGAUGCUCGACGGAACCUGCCAUUCGUCCUCAUCAGUACUGUUUGCCUGGGCUUCUGCACCAUGAUCGUCACAACCAUCGCAAUAAGCUUCUGCAUCAUCGAUCUGGACAGCGUGCUUGCAACUCCAACAGGAGUACCUAUCCUAGAGAUCUUCUAUCAAGCUACGAGAAGCAAGGCCGCAUCCAUCUUCCUUCUGUGCAUCUUGUUUUAUCUUACCUGCGCCGCCACCGUCGCAUCACAACAAACGGCGAACCGCUUGGUCUGGGCCUUUGCUCGAGACGGUGCAUUGCCCUAUAGUGACCGGUUGCAGUCUAUUCAUCCCCGCCACAAGAUGCCUAGGAAUGCUGCCAUUCUGUGCUGGGCAAUCAUUGCCGUCCUGGGGUUUGUAUACCUGGGGAGUUCGACUGCGUUUAAUGCUUUGGUGGGAUGUAACGUCCUCCUCGCCAAUAUAUCAUUCGCGUUCCCAAUCGCACUGCUUCUGUUGGGCCGCCGGAAGCAUCUCAAGCCGUCGCAAUUCCCACUCGGCAAUGUUCUAGGUCCUAUUAUUAAUGGGAUUGCUUUGUUGUGGAUCACCUUUAUGGUCGUGUUCUUCGAUUUCCCUUUUACAAUGCCAGUUGCCGCAGACAACAUGAAUUAUAGCUCGGUGAUUAUAGGGGCUGUCGUACUAUUCGCAGGCCUCUACUGGAUGUUCAAGGGCCGCAAAACCUAUCACGGACCGAAAACGGAAGUUGGAAUCGAAGCAGCCUUCCAAGCUCAGCUGCAUCAAAUGUAG